AUGACAGAAGUGAAAGGAACUCCCAUCAUUAAAGGUUCACGAACAAUGCAAAUAACUGGCUUAUAUAAAGGAAGGACAAUUAUUAUAAAAGACUCUUACAGUGUUAUAAAUAAGAAGCUUAAACUAUUUCCUGCUAUGUUUAACUUACAAACAGGACCGAAAGAAGUAUUUCCAUAUAACUACUACAGCAGUACUUUGUUAGCAAAUGACAACAGAACUGGUGUCAUUUCUGAAGCAUGUAAGUUUAUCCGGGAUGCAGAUACAUUCAUGAAAAACAUAGAUUCCAUCAAAGGUUGCAGAAUAGAUGAGAACCACUUCGACUUAGAAAAGUAUAGCACAUUUUAUUGCAAACAAGAUGUAAGAAUUUUAAGAGAAGGUUUUGUUAAGUUCCGCAAUGACAUAUUGAAAGAAUUUGAUUUAAACGUUUAUGACUACGUUAGUAUUUGUUCAAUUGCUAACAAAUUAUUUGAGAACAGAGUGUACUUCCCGAAUGGAAAUUUAUAUGACCUCUCAAAUAAACCAAGAGAAUUUAUUUCGAGAUGCAUUCAAGGUGGAAGAUGUAUGCUGUCAGAUAACAUGAAACAAAAGAGCGAAAAGAAACUCAUUGCUGACUUCGACGCUGUUUCAUUAUAUCCAUCAGCAAUUGCAAGAUUGUAUACUUUAGAAGGAAUUCCAAAAGUAUUGAAGGAUGAGAUGUUAAGCACAGAGUAUCUCAUGAGACAUUUAUUCGAUGAUGACCAAAAGGAACCCAUUGGUGAAAAGUUUAUGUCUGGCUUCUUUGUUCUCAUUAAGAUAACAGAGAUUGGAAUACAUAGACACUUUCCUUUAAUAGUUUGUGACCCUGAACUAAAUCCAGAACUUAAC